AUGGACUCCACGACACCACCAUCGGAAUUCACGUUAAUAGACACGCAUGGGUUCAAGAAAAAUAAAAAGGUAAAACGAGUCCUACCAGACUGGCUCGCAAAACCUACGGUUGUAUCGGUUGAUUUAAAACACCUAGAAGUGCCCAUUGACGGUAUUCCAGAGUUGGACCCCGCUUUAGUUCAGAAACUGAAAAACAAAGGAUGUACACAUUUUUUCCCAGUUCAAAAUCAACUAGUACCAUGGAUAAUUAAGACACAAAAACAUUGGGACUACAGAUGGCUCAGAGACUUAUGUAUUUCAGCACCAACUGGCAGUGGAAAAACUCUAUCCUACGUUCUUCCUAUAAUACAGACAUUAAAGACAUUCUCUAGACAUCAACUCCGUGCUCUCAUUGUAUUGCCAACGAAAGACUUGGCUGUACAAGUAUUCAAAGUGUUUUUAUAUUAUAUCAAAAAUGCAUUUAAUUUGAGAGUGCUUCUCUUGGAAUCCCAAAACACGACUCUAGAAAAAGAAAAAGAAAGGAUCGUGCAAUAUGAUAGCAGUCUUGGAUGGACAGACCUUGUAGAUAUCAUAGUCACCACUCCAGGAAGGUUGGUUGAUCAUUUAUAUUACACUGAAGGAUUUUCUCUGAAAAAUCUUAGAUUUCUUGUCUUGGAUGAAGCUGACAGUUUUACCAAUAUUUUGCAAAAUGAAUGGCUACACAAAGUUAAUGAUAGCUUAGCAUAUAAUGGACCUACAAUAUGUACUUUAAAUACAUUAAACGAGUCGCCACAAAGAACACAAAGAUUAUUAUUUUCAGCAACACUUACUCAAGAUCCUGAGAAAUUAAAGUUUCUGAAACUCUUUGAACCUAAAUUAUUUACAUCAAUCAUAAAAAGAAAAAAUACACAAUUGCUUACAGAUGCAACUGGCACUGAUGAACCUGUACGAGGUGACUUUGUAGGAAAAUACACAACUCCCAAAGAACUCAAAGAAUACAUGGUGUUGUGUCCAGAAGAAAAUAAACCUCUGACACUGUAUCAUUUGAUAAGGAGUAAAGGCCUAAAAAGGGUGAUUUGUUUUGUCAAAUCAAAAAUAGAAGUGCAUCGUUUAACUAGACUUUUAUGCAAACUCAGUGAAUUUGAUACAAAUAACUCACCGUUAAGAGUUAAUGAAAUUUCUUCUGAUGUAACUCAAAAAGCUCAUUCUGGUUAUAUUAAACAAUUUUCAGAUGGAAAAAUUGAUGUAUUAAUUUGCACAGAUUCAUUAGCUCGAGGUAUUGAUAUUGAACUGAUAUCUUGUGUCAUUUUAUAUAACGUACCAAAAUAUCCAAAAAACUAUAUACAUAGAAUUGGUAGAACAGCGCGAGCUGGCCAUAAAGGGAAAGCUAUUACAUUUGUCACUCCAGAACAUAAAGAACUAUUUGAAAAUGUUUUAAACUCUGCGGGUAAGACUAGUUUGAAAAAUAUGAAAGUCGACAUUUCUGACUUGGAACAAUAUGAACAAAUGUAUAUAGACGCAUUAAAAGCAAUAAAAACUGAAUCAACUCAAAAACCAAAAACUGUUAGCAAAAGAAGAUUGAAGAAGAAGAAACAACUCAAAAAGUAA